UGCGAAUGUACCUGAAGACCGGAAGUUUAUACCCGGUUACGCAUUGUCAGUUGAAUUCCUAAGCAGAGUUACCGUUCUUCCAAAUCGGCCUCAACAAUGUCGAGAAUGAAUGCACCAAUUAUUCUGUUGAAAGAGGGCACUGACACCUCACAAGGCAAGCCUCAGAUUUUGAGCAACAUCAGUGCCUGUCAGACCAUCGCUGAUGCUGUCCGCACAACUCUUGGCCCCAGGGGCAUGGAUAAACUCAUUGUGGAUGACAAAGGUGGUGUUGUUAUAUCCAACGAUGGAGCAACCAUUCUGAAGACACUUGAUAUUGUUCAUCCAGCUGCGAAAACCUUGGUGGAUAUUGCCAAGUCUCAAGAUUCUGAGGUUGGAGAUGGCACAACAUCAGUUACGCUUCUUGCUGGAGAAUUCUUGAAACAGUUCAAGCCCUUUGUUGAUGAAGGUGUGCACCCACAGAUUAUUGUGCGGGCAGUACGCAAAGCCUUGGCCAUGGCUCUAAAGAAAAUUGGUGACAUUGCUGUCGGAAUCAAAAAGGAUGACCCCAAAGAACUGAGGGAACUGCUGGAGAAAUGUGCAGCAACAGCCCUCAGCUCCAAACUGGUGGCUGCCCACAAGGAAUUUUUCUCAAAGAUGGUGGUGGAUGCUGUUCAAAUGUUGGAUGAGUUGCUCCCCCUCAACAUGAUUGGCAUCAAGAAGGUCCAGGGUGGUGGUCUGGAGGAAUCACUUCUUGUUGCUGGUGUGGCUUUUAAGAAAACAUUCAGCUAUGCUGGAUUUGAAAUGCAAAGGAAGAAAUAUUACAACCCAAAGAUUGCUCUUUUGAAUGUGGAACUGGAACUGAAGGCAGAGAGGGAAAAUGCUGAAGUCAGAGUGGACUCUGUUGAGGAGUAUCAAAGUAUUGUGGAUGCCGAGUGGAAGAUCUUGUACGACAAACUGGAGAGCAUCCACAAGUCUGGAGCCAAAGUGGUCUUGUCUAAGCUCCCGAUUGGAGAUGUGGCAACACAGUACUUUGCAGACAGGGACAUGUUCUGUGCAGGCCGUGUGCCAGAUGAGGACCUGAAGCGUACCAUGAAAGCAUGUGGUGGCUCCAUUCAGACAUCUGUACAGAACAUGACUGCUGAUGUUCUGGGCUCAUGUGAAACCUUUGAGGAGAACCAAGUUGGUGGAGAAAGGUUCAAUUUCUUCAAGGGGUGUCCCCAGGCAAAGACCUGUACAAUCAUUCUUCGUGGUGGAGCAGAGCAGUUUAUGGAAGAGACCCACAGAUCCUUGCAUGAUGCCAUUAUGAUCGUGAGGAGAGCAAUGAAAAAUGAUUCAGUUGUAGCAGGGGGUGGAGCCAUUGAGAUGGCACUGUCAAGUCACCUGAGGGAACAGUCGCGCACCAUUCAGGGCAAGGAGCAGCUGCUGAUUGCAGCUUACGCCAAAGCCCUAGAGGUCAUCCCAAGACAGCUCUGUGAUAAUGCUGGGUUUGAUGCGACCAACAUCCUGAACAAGCUGAGACAGAAGCAUGCAACAGGUUCAAAGUGGGCCGGUGUGAACAUAAUGCAGGAAGACAUCUCUGACAACUUUGAGGCCUUUGUUUGGGAGCCUGCUAUAGUCAAGAUCAACGCACUGACUGCAGCUUCAGAAGCCUCAUGUCUCAUCCUGUCUGUCGAUGAAACAAUUAAAAAUCCACGAUCCGGACAGGAAGGAGGAGCACCCAUGGGCAGGGGAAGAGGACGUCCUAUGUAGAUAUCACAAUGGGUCUUCGCAUACUUAUUUUUAAAAACAUAGAUAUCUCGCUUGUGAUGAGCCCUGAACAUUUUGUACAAUUUUUUUUUUUGUAUUUAAAACCAGAGACAACACUUCAAACAAAAGCAAGAUGGGCAUUUUGAUUUUGUAAUCAUCAUCUGUGCUUACAGGGAAGCCUCAUUUCCUAUUUGUACAUGUCAUUGUGUGUGCUGGAUUUAUUCUGAACGUGUGCAUGGUAGUAUGCAAUAAAUGUGAGUUUUUUCAUUUUA